GCUGCCGGGAUACCUGUAGCCGGCGGGCGCCAUAUUAGAGCGCAACUAUUGUUGUAAAGUCGAAAGGGUCUAGUACUGCUGAAGCGUGUAUGUGUUCUUUACAUUAGCCAAAUCGGCGAGAAAAAAAAAAAAAAAAAAGCAGCAGCAGCAGCAGCAGCCACAUCUCUGCUGGAGGUCAUGAGAGAAAUGUCAGCGUCCGGUGCCAACACGCAUGGUGGGCAGCAGCCACAGAAACACUAUGGAGUCACGUCCCCCAUCAGUCUGGCUUAUCCCAAGGAGAGCGACCAUAUCUACACACAGAAGCUCAUAGAAGCCAUGAAGCCUUUCGGCGUAUUCGAAGAUGAAGAUGAGCAAAAUCACAGAUUGGCAGUUCUGGGGAAACUUAAUGCACUUGUUAAGGAAUGGAUUGCUGAGAUCAGUGAAGAAAAGGAUAUUCCCCCUUCAGCAAUAGGAAGUGUUGGGGGUAAAAUUUUUACAUUUGGUUCCUACAGACUUGGAGUCCACACCAAAGGGGCAGAUAUCGAUGCUUUGUGCGUGGCUCCUCGACAUGUUCAGAGGGAGGACUUCUUCCAGUCAUUCUUUGAAAAGCUGAAGAAGCAUGAGGAGAUUAAAGACCUGCUGGCUGUGGAAGAUGCCUUUGUACCAGUCAUCAAAUUUAAGUUUGAUGGGAUUGAGAUUGAUCUCCUGUUUGCAAGGCUGGCUCUGCAGUCCAUCCCAGAGAAUCUGGACCUACGUGGGGAUUCCCUCCUUAGGAACCUCGACAUCCGUUGUAUUCGUAGCUUAAAUGGUUGCAGAGUCACAGAUGAAAUCUUGUCUUUGGUGCCAAAUAAGGAGAACUUCAGGCUAACUCUAAGAGCAAUCAAGCUUUGGGCCAAGCGGCGUGGCAUUUACUCCAACAUGCUGGGCUUCUUGGGAGGUGUGUCCUGGGCCAUGCUGGUGGCCAGAACGUGCCAACUAUAUCCAAACGCUGUUGCAGCUACUUUGGUCCACAAGUUCUUCCUUGUCUUUUCGAAGUGGGAAUGGCCCAAUGCAGUACUCCUAAAACAGCCUGAGGAGAGUAAUCUCAACCUUCCUGUGUGGGAUCCACGGGUGAACCCAUCAGACAGGUACCACCUGAUGCCCAUCAUUACGCCAGCUUACCCCCAGCAGAACUCCACCUACAAUGUCUCCACUUCCACACGUACUAUUAUGAGCGAAGAGUUCAAAACCGGUCUGAGUGUUACGGAUGAAAUUCUGCGAGGCAAGGCAGAAUGGCCAAAACUUUUUGAACCACCACGCUUUUUCCAAAAGUACAAGCAUUAUAUUGUACUUGCUGCCAGUGCAUCUACAGAAGAAAACCACUUGGAAUGGAUUGGUCUUGUGGAGUCAAAAAUACGAGUUCUCAUUGGGAACUUGGAGCGUAAUGAGUACAUCACACUGGCACAUGUCAACCCUCAGUCCUUCCCUGGGUUAAAGGAGAACCGCACAGAGAAUGAAUUUGUAUCAAUGUGGUUCAUUGGAAUCAUCUUCAAGAAAGCUGAGAAUGCAGAGAGCGUGAACAUUGACCUGACCCAGGACAUCCAAGCCUUCACAGAUACAGUAUACAGACAAGCAAACAAUGUCAGCAUGCUGAAGGAGGGGAUGAAAAUUGAAGCAACACAUGUGAAAAAGCGGCAGCUUCAUGAGUACCUGCCUCCAGAUGUUCUGCAGAAAAAGAAGAAGAGCUUGGCAGAUGUGAACCGCACCUCCAACGGAGGCACAAAGCGCUGCUCCCUGGAUGGAAGCCAGCUGGAUAGCUCCAGGGAUACAGACUGCGGCACACCAUUCAGUUCUCCAACACCCGUCAACCGGCCUGGCAAGACAGCCUUGGAAAUAGAGGACAGCAUUAUCUCAUCACCCAAGACCACGGGACCAUUGUUUGAUAGCCCACCUGUGCCGAGGACUUCCUGUCCAGGCACUGAGCAGCAGGGCAUGUCCAUCCCUGUAAUUGGCACAAAGCCCAUGGCUCCCCCUCCAGUGUUGGCUGCCCAGCUCUCACCUGGGUCCACCAUUCCCACCAUGUUGGGCAGGAACAUGCCACACGCCACCUCACCUAGCAGUAAGGCCCUCCUUGCCAAUGGGCCGAGCAGCACUGAUAGCAUUAACAGUUCAGCUCCCAAAAGGCCCUGCUCUCCCUCCCCAGACUCAUCGCCGAAGAGGCUUAAAGGUCCAGACAAGGUAUCUGACACGCCUUCUUCCAGUGAGCUGCUUGAGCAUGGGAACAGACCUUCAGGGGAAAGUCUAGAUGGAGAUAAGCCAAUGCCAAUCCCAACCAUCGACACAACAAGAACACAGAGACUGUCCAGCAAUGAGCUGCCAGAUGCCUCCUCCCCUCUCCCCACCAACAAUCUGCGUGUGGUCAAGAACUCAAUCAGGCUUACCCUUAACCGAUAGCAGUCAGUGGGCAUGGUUACACCCCCUCCCCCCAACCUUUUUAGGUGUUUAUGCCUUCUACUUUUGUUUUGGGUUCUUGAAAUUUUAAAAAUAAAUCAAUGUUUGCCCACUGGACUGGAGGCCCUCUGAGUUAGCCUGCUGUGGUAAAUGUGCAAGCAAGGUAGCUGCACUCAAUCAUUGCUCCAGGUAAAACAGUAUUACUUGAGUGGAGACUUCAUUCUUUCCUUCUAUUCCUUUUGGGCUCCUUUAGUUAGGUUUGCUCUUUGGUCCUUUGUAAGUUAGUUAAUCAGAUGUAAAGCUUAUUACAGAUGGCACUGAGCUUGUUACUGUAACUUGUUUAGUGCAUAAUCAGUGUAAUGAAUAGCCCUAAAAUCACUUUCACAAAUGGUUUUGUUUCCCCUGUAACUGUAGGCUUGCUUACUCACUAAAAGUAACAGAUUUGAUUUCCCCAUUGAGAUUGUGGUAAGGCUGCCCAGUAGUUGAUGCCAUUCCGAGCUUUGUUUUAGACUUCAGCUACACUCAGGACCCUUCUGUGAAAAUGGACGUUGCCAGAAAGUUCAGCCUGCCAGCCAGCCAUGGUACACGGACCCAUAUUUGCCCCAAACAAACCCCUGCCCCAUGCUUUGUAGGACCAGGUUGUUUAAGGUUAGGUUAUGUGUGCUAGCAAUGAGGUGGGUUACUGCUUUUGCUGUACAGCUGGGUGAGUUGUUCCUUUCCCCACGCUGUCAUGACUCCCUGACUACUCCCCGCGGAGUUAACUGUGUGUGCCUCCCAUGGAGGUUCUUAGAGCUUUUCCUGAGUUGGUGUUAAAUGGGGGUUGGUUGGGGGGGGUGGGUCUUGAUCCUGAAUACUCCUACCUUUAUCACAUAGAAUGAUUCGGCUAUGCUGUUGUAAUGAGGUUAGGAACAUGGUAACUGCCUGUUAAAGACCUAUACAUUAUUGAGGUUAUGAUUUUAUUUAUAUUAGCAUAUUUGUAAUGUACUUUUUAUAUAUCUACACAUCAUAAACAUUGCAGUUGAUUCUUCAUUUAUACUGUAAAGACCGUUCAGGCAGAAUAUUAACCUUUUUCUUUUGUCA